AUGAAAUUUCCGACACCCACGGGAUGCGUUGAGUUGUCCUUUAAAGCGGAAAAUGACACGUCAUUGAAAACAAAUUCGUUCUACAUGUCAAUCGAUUACGAUGAACGUCAACAACGAGACCAAGACCGUACACUCGGUACUUACGUGGAGGAAAUAGAUAUUGACGUAUUACGAACAGAACCAAACGAAUCGGAAAUCAUUGCAUCGACGACGAGCAACGAGCAGCAAUCGUCGCGGACGACGUUGACGGAAGAUAUCAUCGAAAAAAAUAUUAUUAUCAGAUCGACAGAAGAUACGAAAGAAAACGACGACGAUUCUCGCUCGUCGUCAGAAGACAUAUGUAGAAUAUGUCACAUGGGUGAUGGCACUUUAUUAAGAUCUAAUAAGAAACAAUCGUGUUGUCAUACUGAGGAUAAACAAAAUCGAAUGCCUACGUUCUCUUCCUAUCCCAAUCUUGGUCCUCUUAUCUCCGCCUGCAAAUGUCGUGGUACCGUUGGUCUUGUACAUACGGAUUGUCUUGAAAAAUGGCUGACGGAGUCCGGUAAUUCUAGAUGCGAAUUGUGCGGUUACAAAUAUGUUACCAAGAGAAUACCACGUCACAACAUUUGCCAUAGCGUUUUGAUAUGGUUCAAAACGGUGAUUGCUACCCGUCAGAUGCUCCUUGAUGUCCUAUAUCUUUUAGUGACAACUCCAUUGGCACUAUUCGCUUCUUACAUUUGCGUAUUAGCGUUGAAAUUAUUAAUAGAGAGGGGCUUUUAUCAGGUACCAUGGGUAAUCGUCGCCAUGUUACCAACCUGUUCUCUCACGCUAGUUGCUUAUUGGGCUUGGUUAAUGACUUUAGGAAGAUUACACGUUCGCCGUUGGCGUCGGUAUUGGAGGAAUAACUUCGUCGUACGUCUUAUAGAACCGGAGGACAUCAAUAACGUCGCGAACGAACAAAGCAUUGAGUCUACAACGAUCGAUGAUUUUUAUCAGGAAGAGUCGAGAAUGAACGAUAGACGAUAGAUUAGUUCGAGUCUUCUUAACGAGCGUUGUUCAACGUGAUCUACGAUGAUGAUCCGACACACAGACACAUACAUAUAUUACAUACAUACAUACAUA